UUCUUUGGGAUGUCUGCGUGCUGGCAGAGUUCCGAGUGAGAUUUUCCUUUCGCCGAGAAACCCUAGUGCGGAAGUUGUCCGGCAGCCGGCCCCAAGACGGACGAAGAAUAUGCCGGAAACCCUGCCAGAGCUGCAAGCCGGCAGCCGGUAUCCUCCGCCGGCGGCGGCGAAAGAUUCAGCCGACAGUCUGCCGCCGCCACCACCGCCACGACAUCCUCCUCCUCCUCCUCCUUCCAAGCCGGUUAUCAUCGCCGAUCUCAACGUCGAUCCCCCCGAGAGCGACGGCGACGACGACUCCUCCCCCGCCCCCAUCGCCCUUCUCCCCGCCAAGAGCAGCAUCGAGGAGAGCAAUGUAGUCAGAAGCACCGUGAAGAUGAAAGACCCCGAUCUCGUCGAAAGCGAAGAUCUCGAUCACCAUUGCCAGGGGGCUUCGGUCCCGCGCGAGGAAAAAGUCAGCAGCCUGAAAGCUGGCUUGGCUCAUGUGGCGAGAAAGAUGCUGAAAAAUGCGCAUGCUCAAUUUUUACUGGGGCUGAUGUAUCAGAGACUCGGUCAACCGCAGAAGGCGGUCUCAGCGUACGAAAAGUCGUCUGAAAUUUUAUUACGAGAUGAAGAGGAGGUGCGGAGACCGGAUUUGCUCUCGCUAGUGCGGAUACACCACGCGCAGUGUGUUUUGCAGGCAAGUACAGGGGAUGGCCCCGACAAAGAGCUUGAAGCUGGCGAAUUGGAUGAAAUCCUUGCAAAGCUGAAGAAUUCGCUGCAAUCAGAUGCCAGACAAGCAGCUGUUUGGAAUACUCUUGGAUCGAUACUUCUUAGAUCCGGCCGUCUGCAGAGUGCGAUUUCAGUUUUGUCGUCUAUCUUGGCUCUUGUUCCAGACUACUUGGACUCCCUUGCAAAUCUUGGCGUCGCAUACCUUCAAAGCGGUAAUUUGGAGCUUUCUGCUAAAUGCUUUCAAGAUCUUGUCCUGAAAGAUCAAAACCAUCCUGCUGCUCUGGUCAACUAUGCGGCUUUUCUUCUCUGUAAAUAUGGAUCAAUUAUUGCAGGGCCAGGGGCUAAUGCAGGUGAAGGGCCUUAUCCGCAUCAAGUUGAAGCUGUGAGUGUUGCAAAAGAGUGCCUAAUGGCAGCAAUCAAGGCUGACCCUAAAGCUGCAUCUUUAUGGGUGAAUCUUUCUAAUGCAUACGAUGUAGCUGGUGAACACAGGAACUCACGAAGGUGCUUGGAGCAGGCAGCAAAGUUGGAGCCUAAUCAAAUGUCUGCUCGGUAUGCUAUAGCAGUUCAUCGCGUCAAAGAUGCUGAGAGAUCGCAACUAUCUUCUGAGCAGCUUUUCUGGGCUGCAAAUGAAAUGGCAACAAUUCUAAAAGAAGGCGAUCCAGCAGUAAUUGAUCUUCCGAUCACAUGGGCAGGGCUGGCAAUGGCUCACAAGGCGCAACAUGAAAUUGCUGCUGCUUUUGAAACUGUUCAGAUGGAUCUGGAUGAGGCAGAAGGUCGAGCUAUAUGCACAUUAAAGCAGGCGAUCGAGGAGGACCCCGAUGAUGCAGUUCAAUGGCAUCAACUUGGAUUGCACAACCUCUGUACCAUGAAGUUUAAUACUUCAGUGAAGUUCUUCAAGGCAGCAGUAGCCCGCUGUCAGGAGUGCAGCUAUGCUUGGUCUAAUCUCGGUAUUGCAUUGCAAUUAUCUAAUGACCCAUCGUCGGCUGAGACGGUAUACAAGCGAGCGCUCUCAUUGUCUACGGCCCAACAGGCGCACGCCAUCCUUUCCAACCUCGGAAAUCUUUACCGUCAGCAGAGAAGGUUUGAACCGGCAAGAGCUAUAUUUUCAAAAUCUCUAGAACUCUGCCCGGGAUAUGCGCCUGCUAAUAACAACCUUGGGCUUGUUUUCGUUGCCGAGGGCUCCUGGGAGGAGGCCAAAAACUGUUUCGAGAAGGCUCUUCGUUCUGAUCCAUUGCUUGAUGCCGCCAAAUCCAACAUGGUGAAAGCAAUGGCCAUGUUGAGGGUUAGCGGAAGCGGAACAGCAUGACAAAAUUCAUCGUACAUAGAAUUGGGGAACAAGACAUCGAUUUUUUCAACAUAGAAUUGGAAGUUCUGUGGUAUGGUCGGGUUGUUCGAACAAGUUUGGUUCAAGCCAAAUCGACAUCUUUGUGCAUUAGUGCGGAAGUCAUUUUGCAUCUUUGAUUGACGAGAAAAGUUUGGUGCGAUAGAAAGAUGAAUGGGAUCACGUGCUUAGCGUCACGCAUGUGUAGACCAGGGCAUGAUAAUCUGGGAAAUUGUUCAAUGUAAUCUAAACAAGUGUAUAAAAUUGUAUAUUGCUCCGAGCAUGUUUCUAUCUGUACAUAAAGGGAUGUAUUAUUCUCAGGUUCGAAAGCAAAUUGUUGUGCA